ACUGUCUGUCCUUACCCAGGCUAAACUGCCCGGAAAUGCUGAGAGUCAGCAUGCAGUCCCAUGUGAGCCCUGGCAUCCCAAUAUCCACCAUGUCUAAAAGGGCAACAGGGUGUGGGAACCUUUUCUUUAUUGUGGAAAAUCAGCCAGAGGAUGAUUAUAGAUUCUUAGUAGAAAGAAGUGAUAGUUUUCCUCCUCUGUAAACAAUUCCCUCAAAACAAUCCUAAUUGAGGCAUAAGAUAUCAACAAGGUCUCAGUGCAAAGAGCAGCCCCCCAAUCCUCUUCCUGCAUGGAGGUGCUGUUUGUCCAACAUUCCAGCACGUGGCCACUACCCAAAACGGUCCUUUGGUUUCCUGAGUCACGGGUGGGGAUGAGUAAAGAUGAGCUGUGCCACCUUUCUGAGCAGGUAAAGGUGAGUGAGUCUGGCUUUCUCUGUGAGCUGGGCGGCCCUCCAUCUGUUUCACUGACCCACAGCAGUACCACCUUAGAACAGAGCCAGACUGCAUCCACUGUUUUCAACGGCAACAAUGUUUAUCAGUGUGUGGGAAGUUCUUGGAGAGCAGGCGAGAGAGAGGAGAAGAAGGGCCUCAGUCUCUUGCCAUCUUCUAAAACGCUCCAACCUUCCUCCCACUGUCUCUGAGCCCAGCAAACUUCUAGCACCACGUGGUCUGGCAGACAAGGCUGCAGACGGGAAGGACCAUCCGUCCUGGCAGUUGGGUGGGCUGCCUCCCCAGGUUGGGGCUGAAAGAUGAGGAAGAGGCAGGAGUAGCACAGUGCAGAAAGGAGGGCCUUGGCAGCCACACUCCGGAGAAUGGGAAGGCUGAGCGGGCAAAGCCCUGCGCAGAGUACAACUGGGAAGAAAGAAGCCAACAAAACUUAUAACUGUGAAAAUUUAGGUCUCAGAGAAAUUCCUGACACUCUACCAAACAUGACAGAAUUUUUGGAAUUUGGCUUUAACUUCUUGCCUACAAUUGAAAAUACAACUUUCAGCAGACUCACAGAUCUUAUCUUUUUGGAUUUAACCAGGUGCCAGAUUAACUGGGUACAUGAAGGCACUUUCCAAAGCCAUCAUCAAUUGAACACAAUUGUAUUGACUGGAAAUCCCCUGAUAUUCAUGGCAGAAACAUCACUUAAUGGACCCAGGUCACUGAAGCAUCUUUUCUUAGUCCAAACAGGAAUAUCCAAUCUUGAGUUUAUCCCAGUGCACAAUAUGGAAAACUUAGAAAGUUUGCAUCUUGGAAGCAAUCAUAUUUCUUCCAUUAAGCUCCCAGAAAACUUCCCAACACAGAAUCUGAAAGUCCUGGAUUUUCAGAAUAAUGCAGUACACUACCUCUCUCGUGAAGAUAUGAACACUCUGGAGAAGGCCACCAACCUAAGCCUUAACCUCAAUGGAAAUGAUAUUAAAGGCAUUGAGCCUGGGACAUUCCAUUCAAAAAUGUUCCAGAGUUUGAAAUUUGGAGGGUCUCCUAAUCUGUCUGUUAUAUUAAAAGGUCUGCAAAACUCCACUGCUCAUUCUCUCUGGCUGGGGACAUAUGAGGACAUUGAUGACCAAGACCUUACUCUAGCCAUGCUUGAGGGACUUUGUGAAAUGACGGUUGAGAGCAUCAACCUACAGAAGCGCCAUUUCUCUGACAUCUCAUCUACCAUGUUUCAGUGCUUCACUCAACUCCAGGAACUGGAUCUGACAGCAACUCACUUGCAAGGGUUACCCUCUGGCAUCAAGGGUAUGAACUCUCUCAAGAAAUUAGUUCUCAAUGUAAAUAAUUUUGGCCAAUUGUGUGAAAUCAAUGCUGCCAGUUUCCCGUCCCUUACAGACCUCUAUAUCAAAGGCAAUGUGAGGAAACUUGACCUCGGCACUGGGUGUUUGGAAAAACUAGAAAAUCUUCGGAAACUUGAUUUAAGCCACAAUGAUAUAGAGGCUUCUGACUGCUGCAAUCUGCAGCUCAGAAAACUACUCCACUUGCAGUACCUAAACCUGAGCUUCAACGAGCCCCUUACUCUCCAGAACCAGGCAUUCAAAGAAUGCCCUCAACUAGAACUCCUGGAUUUCUCAUUCACCCACUUGCACAUUAACACUCCACAGAGUCCUUUCCAAAACCUCCAUCUCCUGCAGGUUCUGAAUCUCUCUCACUGCCUCCUUGACACCAGCAAUCAGCACCUUCUAGCAGGCCUGCUGGAUCUCCGCCAUUUGAAUCUACAGGGGAAUCUCUUUCAAGAUGGGAGUAUCUCAAAGACCAACCUACUUCAGACAUUGGGCAGCUUGGAGAUUCUGAUUUUAUCCUCCUGUGAGCUUGUCUCCAUAGACCAGCAAGCAUUCCACAGCCUUGGGAAAAUGAGUCAUGUAGACUUAAGCCACAACAGCCUGACAGGCACUAGCAUCGAUGCUUUUAGCCAUCUUAAGGGGAUCUACCUCAAUCUCGCCGCCAAUAGCAUCUGCACCAUCCCACCCCAUCUCCUCCCCAUCUUGUCCCAGCAGAGCACCAUUAAUUUAAGUCACAAUCCCCUGGACUGUACUUGCUCAAAUAUUCAUUUCAUAACAUGGUACAAAGAGAAUCUGCAAAAACUGGAGGGCUCGGAGGAGACUCUGUGUGCAAACCCUUCAUCUUUAAGGGGAGUUAAAUUGUCUGAUGUCAAACUAUCCUGUGGGAUUACAGCUUUGGGCAUUUUCUUUCUUGUAGUAUUUUUAUUGUCGCUCACUACUCUGUUCAUUUUUUCAGUUAAAUUCCUUCUUAGGCACAAAUACCAGAAUAUUUAGUGCUGAAGGCUUCUAGAGAUGGCAAAUAAAUGUCGAGCAAAAUUGUGCCGAGCAAAGGAACAGUUGUCUGUUAGUGACCAGACUCUUCAGGUUCUUGGAACUGGGCAGGGAUUCAUUGUGCUCUUCUGGGUCCCAGAACUAAUGAAUCUCCCUGGAAGGUAAGCUGACCAGGGCCAAAGGGCCAGACGCAGCUGUGGGAGACCCAGAGCCACUCCUCGCACAGAAGGCGGGUGACAGUUGAGGACCCAUUGGCAGGGAAAGGCGCCCCCUAGGGAGCUAUCUUCCUUCCUCUCCUGCACAUGCCUCGAAGCGCCUCCCACCCAGACUCUAAAAGGAAAUCGCCAACUGGUGCACCUUGGCAGUACUGAGGACCGCAGCUCCCAGAAUCUCUCCCCCAGAGCUUCGGCCUUGUGCUUGGGUCUGAGCGCUCAGCAAUGUAGCCAUUUGGGAAGCUUCAGGAUAAAGUCUCUACGGCUGUUUUAAAUAAAAAAGAGAAAA